AUGCCUCCGCGCCGAAGGCCGCAAUUCACCCAGGAGAACAUCGACCAGCAAUUGCAGCAGAUCCAUCUGCUCGACCCGCAGUCAUCUUCAGAGAACCUCGAACAGCUUGGCCCCAUCAUCAAGCAGAUUCACCAGAACAAACAGCAGGAGGUGUAUCUCCGUACCGUGCAAGGCCUGAUCGAGUCCAAGGAUGCUGAAAUAGAACGCAUCUGUGGUGAGAACUACCAGGAUUUUAUCUCCUCCGUGUCGACACUCUUUACCAUCAAGUCGUACACGAAGAACCUGCGCGAGCGCAUCACCACUUUGGAUGGGAAUGUCGCGCAGGUGGGACAUGGCCUCGUAGAGAAGAAGAGGGCGCUCCUACAGUCCAAGAAGACAGCUGCGAACCUGGACGAAGCUAUUGACAAUCUGCAGGCAUGUCUUCGCGUGCUCGAUGUCGUAAACAGGGUCGGGGAGAUGGUCCAGGAGGGGAAGUAUUGGAGUGCUCUUAGGUCCUUGGAAGACAUCCAAAGCAUGCCUCCCACCUCGCUGUCGCAAACUCCAUUCUUCCAGCACUUGCUGUCCUCGCUUCCCUCCCUUCGCGGUCAGAUCAAGGACGCGGUGACCGCCUCGACUAAACAGUGGCUGCUAGACAUACGAAACGUGAGUGGGCAAGUCGGCGAGCUCGCCCUUGAGGCUAUGGAGCUCCGCGUCAAGCGGUGGAAGGCUCGACGCGACAGGGACCCCAUGUUGCGCUCCGCACGGGUCGGGAGUGCUGUGGAAUGGGUGACUUACGAGAAGACUGAGUUCGAUGCGCUCAAGAACGAGCAAGUCACUGUGGACUUCAAGCCUUUAUACCAAUGUAUCCACAUAUAUACCGCCCUCGAUUCGCUGGACGAGUUACGGAAAUCCUACCAAGCGGACCGAAAGGCACAAUCCGACCUUAUUUUACCCUCUCCGUUAUCCUUGUCGAACCUUGCAUCUCUGCUCCAAGAGAUUACAGGUUACUUCAUCAUCGAAACGCAUGUUUUGAAGACAACUGGCACAUUCCGCUCCGAGCGAGACGUCGAAGAGCUCUGGGACACGCUGAUCAGCAGACUCAGCGGCGCAAUUGACGAUGCCCUCAAGACCCAGAUGGAUCCGGACACGUUCAUGAAGGCCAAGGAGCUCCUCAUAAGCUUCACCAUGACAAUGGAGUCUUAUGAGUACUCUACGGGUAAUAUGUACUCCUUCAUCCUCGUCAUGUUCGAGCGGUACGCAAGUCUGUUGGAGAAGCAGUUCAAGAAACGGUUCGACGAUAUUCUAGUGCAAGAUGAUCAUGUCUCGAUGCAGGUAGACAAUAGUCAGCAACGAGACGCAGUCUUUGAAGUCGUGUGGAUAAGCAAGGCCGAGCGGGACGAACUGAUGAAGGCUUCUUUCCCUCUCCUGCUCCCGUGGUCCCAGAGCUUCUACCUAUGCUGUCAAUCUAUCCGGACAUUUGUUGAGAGAUUCUACCACUUCGUUGACGGUGUCUCGCAACAUCAUCGGAACGUGGACGAGCUCAUGAGCAAGGCUCUUGACAACCUACUCUCUGCGCACAUUAGCGAUAACAUCGCACGACGUCUCGCUACGACGUCUACGCUGACGCAGAUAGCGCAGAUGGUGACCAACUUGGAACACUUCCAAGUAGCCUGCACCGAGAUCGAAGCCACGAUAACGAGCAUGCGCACUUCACAGCGCGGCGGGUCCAUCCGCCUCACAGCUUCCUCGUCGUUCGCAUCGACGAUCUCCCGCGCACUGACGAGGAUUACUAGCCUGAUCACGUCCAAGCUCGACGACUUCUUUGACCUGUCCGAAUAUGAUUGGACGCCCUCAGCGCGGGAGAGUGCGCCCAGCGUAUACCUUUACGAACUGUUCAACUGGCUCACGACAGUGCUCGAUUCACUGGUCAUCAAGGAUGCAUACAAGGACGAAGCGUACCGUGGCGCAGUUAACUACAUCGCGAGUUGUCUCAUGGAUUUCCUUACUGGUCGCAAUGUGCCCAUGAUCAACGAGAACGCCAUCUCAAAUAUCCUAGUGGAUAUUGAUUUCCUGGAGGAAGAACUGAAAGGCAUCGGGCGGGCACACCUUGCAUCGGCCUUUGCUGAGUUGCGCUCCACAACGUCGAUUAUCUUGUCUGAUACUGUGCAAGAUUACUUGGUGCCUAGCAUUCGCCAGACAUCGUACAGCGCUGUCAAGCCCAAACGCCUUCAAGCCCUCCUGGAGAAGCUCGCCAAAUACGGCGGCUCGUGCCGGGACAACGUGUCCAGGGAGAAGGGCGAGAAACGGAGGAGGGAGGCCGAGGCAGUGAGCAGGCUAUUCCCAGGCGAAAGCCGAUGA